CUUUCAUAUUAACUGUUCAUCUUUAUUAUCAUUUGCAACUUUCACCUUAACAGUAGCUCUUGAUUUGUGCUUUUUUUUAUCAUUUAUUUUUUCAUGACAAUUGACAAUUCAAAUUGAAUCUUAAUUUAGUUUUAAAAUCCAUAAUGAUUAAGUUAAUUAUCUUUUUUACAACAAUAAUUUCAUGUUAUUAUUGUAUCUCUCAGAAUAAAUUGCCAAGUAAACAUCCAUGGAAUCCAUUACCAGUUACACUUAAUCGUUUAAUUAACAACAACAACAAUCAAAAAUCAUUAUCAUCUUUAUCAUCAGCAGCUUCAAUCACAUCAUCAACUGUUUAUUUACCUGAGAAAAAAUCAUCUGAUGUUUCAUUUGAGACUCACGAUAAAACUUAUUCAAUUGAAAGUUCACAUUUCCGAACACCGAUAAUUGAACAUCAUCCCAAUGGAGCGACAGUUGGCCUCGAUUUACCCGAAGCUAAUAUAAGAUUAUUGCUCGAUAUCGAUCAACGGGGUAAACCCGUUGCUCAGCACAUUGGACUUAAAGUAGUUGAAAAAAACAAGCAAAAUUCAAAUUCUAAACAAUUAACCAGCGGAUCAAUUGUAAAAUCUGAACCAAUCAAAGUGAACAAUUUAAAUCACCAACAAAAACCUCGCCAUCAACCAACAACCUCUAAUCAUAAUUCAUUUGGAUCAUCAGCUUUACCAACAAUUAACCAUCAAACUACAUUAAAAUCGUCAUCAGCAUCACCGAUAUCACCACAAUUAACAACAAUCGGCCGAUCAUCUAAAAUUGUUUCAAUUCCCGUUUCAACUAAUUACAAAAUUGGUUACAUCCGAACCAAUGAUUUACAUUCAGCAAUUCAUCAUCAAAUUGUUCAUGGUAAAGGUGGUAAUCAAGUAAGUGUCCUAUCAGGUCCAGUUAAUUAUGGUGUUAAUCAUCAAUCAUCACAACCAAUCAACUCUCAAAAUCAUCGAUUCACCUCUAAACAAUUAGAAAACAAUCCAGUUAAUCAAGGUGGAUUUGUAAAUCCAAGAUUAGAAUCUGGAAGCUUUAAACCAAUUGAAAGUUAUUCAAAUCAGAUGAAACAAUUUGAAGGGCAGAUUAAAAUUAACAACAGUUUAUCAUCAACAAUUAAAAAAUCAUCUUUACAAACACCAAGUAAACUCAAUUUAGCUUCACCGGUUAAUAUAAUUAAAGGUAAAUUGCGACCAAUUAACAAUCUGAAAGAGACUGAACAAAUUAAGGAACCAAUUCAACAACAGAUUAAUGGAGGUGAUGAACAAAUUAACUCAAAUGAUUUCAUAGAAUCUGAUUUACAAUCUAAAUUAGAAUCACCACCAGUUUCAUCAAUGAUUAGUAAUUCAAGGAAUCAACGAUCACCCAAGAAAUUGGACAAAUUACAAGAAGUUAACGAAUCAACUUCAACCUGGAAUUCUGGUUCUAAUUCUGGUUCAUCGUUAAUAGAUAAUUCAAAUGAUAUUGUCAAUUCUGAUGAAGGAUUCGAUGAGGAUGAAGAUGUUGACGAAAAUAACGGUAACUCAAAUGAUCGUGAAAAUGAAUCAACGGUAAAUGAUAACAAUCGAAUCAAUAAUCAUAAAACUGAGACCGUGACCGAGAAAUCGGCCAACAAUGAGGAGAUUAUCUCAGGUAAAUUAGCUCUACCUUCACCUUCAUCAUCUUCUUUGAAUGGUCAAUGUGAUCUGAAGUUUUCCCGAUGUCCAAUGAGCUGUCAAACGAUAACCGAACCAUUGAUUUCAAGUUCCAGCUCAUCAUUGACCCUCGAAUCAAUCGCUUCAACCCUUGGUGCUGAUCUAUUAUUAAAUGCGAUCCCAAGUUCACAAUCAAUUAUUCAAUCGUUAAUUGAUUCAUCUACUUCUGGUUAUACUCUUUUCCUACCAAGUAAUGAAGCUUUAGCUAAAUUACCUGGAAACUUAAUUAAUCGCUGGAAAUCUGAUUCGUCCGGAUUAAAUUCACUUUUAACUAAUCACUUUAUCGACACUCAGAUUACAUUGGAAAAUCUUAAAUCAAUGACUGGUAUAUCAUUGAAAUCGGGUACUAAUCAACUACAAUUUGGUAUUUUUCGUAAUGAAACUUAUACAGUUAAUGGUCAACAAAUUUCAAUCGGUAAUCAAAGGUCACCUAAUAACGGGAUAAUCCAUAUAAUUGAGGGAAUCCUUUAUCCAUCAGCUGAUAAAAACAUUAUGGAAACAUUGAAAUCUUGUAAUAAAUUUGAUGGUUUUGUUACACUCGCAAUGGGAACUGGAUUAGGAUCAACUUUAUCCAGAGGUGGACCUUAUACCGUUUUCGUACCAAGUAAUGAGGCUCUUCAGAAAAUACCAGAAAAAGAUUUACAACUUGUAAGAGCCAAUAUGACAGCUCUGAAAGAUAUGUUGGCCUACCAUGUUGUCCCCGGGUUGUAUUAUAGUAGCCACUUAAUGGAUGGACAAUUUAUCAAUUCUUUACAAUCAUCACUUCCAAUCAAGGUUGGGGUCAGAGUUGACCGUUGUUCGAGACGAUUGGUUGAAGUCAACAUGAGUCCAGUCUAUGGUGUUGAUAUACCAGCAUCAAAUGGAGUCAUUCAUGUUAUCGAUUGGAUAAUUAAGCCAAAUGACAACGAUUGGUGUGAUGAUGUUAUAUUUCCUCGUUAAUGUUGACACCAAUCAACAGGAAUCGAUGUUUUUUUUUGUUAUAUUCACAAUUCAUACAUUCACAUUACAUUGUAGCCAAUUAACCAUUACUUUGGGGAUCCCAAAACUUGUCAUCAUCGUCAUCGUCAUCAUCAGUGUCCAUUGUCCAUCAUCAAGGAAAUCAUCAUCUUCAUCAAGACCUUUUUUUUAUAUAAUCACCAACAAAAUCUUUUUCAAUCCUUCCUCAUCUUUUUUUUU